UAAAAAGAGUUCAAUUAAAUUAGGACAAAAAUUCCAAAAUAAUUAACAGACUACUUAUAAAUAGGAAAAUGCAAUUUUAGAGUCUUAAGCAAAAGUUUACACAAAUCGCAAACUAAGGUUAGUGGAUUUUUCUUAAUGGGUAGUUUUUACCCAAAAAAAAAAAAAAUAAAUAAAUAAAUAAAUAAAUGCUUCUUUUGAAUCAAAAAGGAAUUUGUCAAACGGUUCAAAAUUAAGUCUUACAUUAAUAUUUUUUAUUUUUUAAAAAAAAGGUAAUAGUAAUAGUUUGAAGGUUUACUAGUACACGGAACUUGGAAACAGCAGGUUGGUUAAGUAAGACGAAUUUAUGGGUGGACAAGUGGAACACACAAAUGACUAUCCUCUUUUUGAAUUGUGUGAUUGAAAAACAAAAAUGUUUGGAUUGAACAGCUACAUUGUCUUGGGCAAUGAUAUCACCUUCAAUGACUGAUACAUAGAAUUUGGUGCAUGGUCUGUGGAUCAAACUAAGAUAUUAGUAUAUUAGUAUUUCGUUGAAUUUUAUUUUGUUUCUUUCACUUUUCAUUUUUUUCUUUCAACCACACGUUGCAUUUAAUUUGUAUUGUUUUUGUCAUACACGUGGUUGUAUUAAAUUUGAUUUAUUUGUCAUUCAAAAAAGCAAAAUAAAGACUAGUCAUCUCUUCAUCAUCUUCUUCUUCCCUUUCUUUUAUUUAUUUAUUUAUUAAUUUUAUUUUAUUUUAUUAUUAUUUUUUUUGGGGGUAAUUUGUACUCUCUUUACGUUUAAUGUUUCUCCAUAAAUACAAGGCAAAUUUCUCUCUAAUUCGCAGGCUUCCCUUUUUGCUGUUUCUCGUUCCACUCUACACUGAAGAGACGUGGGAACUAGAGUUGUAACUCAUUAGAGCUCUAUCCCCAACUCUCAAGCAUAAAUCUGGACAAGUGAUCGAUGAUGGAGUUCCCAAUCAUCUCCUUCCCAAUUCUAUUCACAUUCCUUCUGUUUCUGUUCAUGAUAUUCAAAACCAAGAUCAGUUCAUCUCCAAAACUGCCUCCUGGGCCUUGGAAGCUACCUCUAAUAGGUAACAUUCACCAAUUUGUUGGAUCUCUACCCCAUCACCGCCUACGAGAUCUAGCCAUGAAUUAUGGACCUCUGAUGCACCUUCAACUUGGUCAACUUCCUAUUGUUGUCAUUUCUUCAGCAGAAUUUGCCAAAGAGGUGAUGAAAACACAUGACAUUGUCUUUGCUAGCAGACCUUUUAUUUUUGCUAUAAAUAUCAUAUCUGGGAAUGACAUUGCCUUCGCGCCUUAUGGGGAUCACUGGAGACAACUUCGAAAAGUUUGCAUAUUGGAGCUUUUAAGUGCCAAGCGUGUUCAAUCAUUCCGACCCAUCAGGGAAGAAGAGGCCUCGAAUCUCAUCAAAUCUAUUUCGAUGCAUACAGCUGGAUCUCUCAUCAAUCUCACUGAAAAGGUUUUCUCCAUGACAUACAGCAUUGUUGCUAAGGUGGCCGUUGGUAAGAAAUUCCAUGAGCAAGAAGAAUUCCUAUCACUUAUCAGGGAUACUAUGGAGGUAGCAGGAGGUUUCGAUGUUGCUGAUCUCUUUCCUUCAGUUAAAAUACUCGGUUCGAUAAGUGGGCUGAGGCCUAGAGCUGAGAAGAUUUAUCAAAAAAUUGAUGAGAUAUUUACUACCAUUAUUGAUGAACAUAAAGCAAGAGUUGGUGAAGUUGUUGAUCACGAAGACCUGAUAGAUGUACUUUUAAAAGUUCAGGAGAAGGGUAACCUUGAUAUCCCCUUAACUAUGACAAUACUCAAGUCAGUUAUCAUGGAUAUAUUCACAGGAGGGACUGAUACAUCAUCCACAACUGUAAUAUGGGCAAUGUCAGAAUUGCUGAAAAACCCAAGAGUUAUGGAAAAGGCACAAGCUGAGGUGAGACGAGUUUUAAGUAAAAAAGGAGAUAUUGUUAAUGAAGAUGACAUCCAUGAAUUGAGUUACUUAAAGUUAGUUAUCAAAGAAACUCUAAGGUUACACCCUCCUGGCCCUCUAUUAAUUCCGAGAGAGAGCAGAGAGAGAUGUGAAAUCAAUGGAUAUGAGAUACCUGCGAAAACCAAAGUCAUUGUCAAUGUAUGGGCAAUUUGUAGAGAUCCUGAAAAUUGGAGUGAUCCAGAGAGCUUUCAUCCAGAGAGAUUCCUUGACACUUCAGUUGAUUACAAGGGGACUCAUUUCCAAUUUACACCAUUUGGUGCUGGCAGGAGAAUAUGUCCUGGCAUGUCGUUCGGGAUAGCUAAUGUUGAGCUUCCACUUGCUAAUUUAUUGUAUCACUUUGACUGGAAACUUCCUGAGGGACAGAAGCCAGAAGAUUUAGACAUGACUGAGAUAUUUGGUGCAGCAGUUAGCAGGAAAAGGGAUUUGUGUGUGAUUCCUGUUGUUUAUCAUCAUUCAAUUCAUGAGUAAGAUGUUAAGUCAAGAAGGUAGAAAGCAUUGGAUUGUCACUAUUGAAUUUUCAGUUUCCGUGUGAGUCUCUCUAAUGUUAAUUAAGUUAUAUAUAAUAAAUAAUGUAAUCUUAUAUUAGAAUAUAUAUAUAUAUAUAUAGAUGAAAGGUAAAAUAAGAACCGAUGUUAAGUGGACUUUCAUAGAUAAUUGAAUAAAGAGUAUUCUUCCUUUUUGGUGU